AUGCCUGUUAUCGUACUCGAGCCCAAAGACUUUGCAAGUCCUCUUUUUUGGGUGAGAUCAUGGGAGGUGUUAUCCAGUUGUACCACAUUCAGUCUGGUGACUGCGCUGGAAUCAUCAGAGCUGACCAAGAAUUCGUUGCAUCUUCAACACCUCUACACCAUCAGGAUGUUUUGCAUAUUUACCUGGAGCUUCUUCUUCACGCUGACCUUGCUGAUCCAGAUUCUGACCACCAUCCAGUUUCACAACCUCCUUCCGGUGUCAUGGAAAAACCUGACCGUGACGGCGGCAGUCUUGGGAUCACUGAUGUGUCUCAGUGCCGCCAUAUUUUUUCCGUUGCUCGUCAUGGAACGCCAGCAGGUCUGUCCUCGUCCUGUGGCAGCCGCCGUGACAUCCGGGCUCGCUUUCCUCGCCUACACCUCAGAAUGCUACAUCCUGUGCUCCCAGGUCCAGGAGCAAAGAGGUUUUGUGGGAAGCAUACCUGGUCUCCUCAAGAUUGUGCAACUGUGGGGCAGUUUGCAGAUGAUUCCUCUGUUGGUGGAAGCAGACCACGGACUGUCCAGUGGAGUACCUCCUUGGCAGCUGUGGGCGUCUGGAUCGUCAUAUGGUGUCUGUAUCCUCAUGUCCGUUAUCACACUGGGAGUAAUACUGGGUGACUUUGCAGGGCAAUGCCGUCUCCCUUUUGACAAAGUCAUGGUUGUCUUCACUAUUGCUGGACUGUUGCUAUACAUGGUUGCCACAGUGAUUUGUUUUGACAAGGUACUACAGCUGAAAAAUAGUGCCAACAAAAGUUCCGAGUUGGUUAUAAUGGAGACGGUGGUCGCUUGUAUCGCGCUUUUAGCUUAUACAGUGGACCUUACAUUCUCGAUUAAAAUAUUGCGUGACAGGAGUCACACGUGA